UCACACAUACACACACUAUCACACACACUCUCUCUCACACGCACACACACUCUCUCUCACACACACACACACUCACUCUCACACAUACACACUUACCCCACCCGUGUAUCUCGUUCUCCAUCUGUUCCGCAGCCCCCUCUCUGCCUCCCCAACCCCACCCCCGUCAUGUACGGUCUUCCACUGUGUUUAUUUCCAUGAUAAAAUCUCCUGCCAAUUUCACUGCAUUCUUUCAAACAUUUGAAUCUAUUAUCCUGAUAAAAAAACACCCCCCAGAGGAAUGUUGCGUCACACCCCGGUGACUGCAGGUCUGUUAGAUCUUUAGCUGUACAGAGGUGAAGAGUGAAACCUGAGAUUGUGACAUGGAGUUACAUCAUUACUAACAGAAACCUCCCCCAUUCCUGUUUUUCCUGAAUCAGACGUCUGAGCGCUCCGGCUCUCUGCACUCUGCACUCUGCACUCUGCUCUCUCUCAGCAUGCAGUCUGUACUCAGAUAUCUGGACCCGGGUCUCGUGAGCCUGGCCGUGUUGCUCGGCCUCGUCUCUCUGGUUCUGCUUGAGAUCUUCAAGUUGAUUUCCUCAAAGAGCCGCAGUCCUCCUGGACCCACGCCGCUGCCCUUCGUGGGAAACCUCCUCCAGUUCAUGAAGGACCCGUUGAAGGCCACAAGAUCGAUGGUGCAGUACGGCGAGAUGUGCUGCGUGUACGUGGGCCGGCGGCCGAUGAUCGUGCUGAACACCAUCGAGACGGUGAAGGAGGCGCUGGUGCAGAAAGGCACUGUUUACUCCGGGAGACCCCCCAUGCCUUUAAUAGAGUGGGUGACCAAAGGCUACGGUAUUAUCGCAGUCACAUACGGCCAUGCCUGGAAGCAGCAGCGACGUUUUGCUCUUCACACGUUACGUAACUUUGGUCUGGGGAAGAAGACGAUUGAGGAGCGAGUGGCCGAGGAAGCGAACUGUCUAAUCACAGAGAUGCUCAAACAUGAAGGGAAAGCGUUAAACCCCAUGCACCCCAUAAUGAACGCCGUCUCCAACAUCAUCUGCUCCAUCGUCUUCGGAGAUCGCUUCGACUACAACAACAAGCGCUUCGCUAAACUUCUGGAAAUCCUGAACGAAAACAUUCGGCUCUCCGGCUCGCCUGUGGGAAUGAUCUUCAACUUGAUCCCUUUUAUCAAACACUUCCCCGGGCCGCACCAGAAGGUCCGUCAGAACGCCGAUGCUUUAGUAGAGUUCAUUCGUGAGUUGAUGGAGGAACACAGAGAGAAGCUGGACGAGGAGAACCUGCACGACUUCAUCGACGCUUACCUGGUGGAGAUACGCAAGCAAGAGCCGAUAGAAGAUUCGACGUUUCAUGAGGAGAACCUGCUGAUGUCCACCGCCGAUCUCUUCCUGGCGGGAACGGAGACCACAGCCACCACUCUCAGAUGGGGUCUGAUUUUCAUGAUGAACCACCCAGAGAUACAAGAACGCUGUCACCAGGAGAUCGUCCGUGUGCUCGGUUACGAUCGGGCUCCCAGCAUGGACGACCGCACCAGGAUGCCGUACAUUCACGCCACCGUACACGAGAUCCAGCGCUUCGGGAACAUCGUUCCACUCGGCGUGGUUCACCAAACUACAGAGACGUCGCAGCUACGAGGAUACACCGUCCCUAAGGGAACUGAGAUUGCACCCAAUUUAAUGGCCAUAAUGCAGGAUAAGGAGCACUGGAAACACCCGGAUAGCUUUAACCCCGACAACUUCCUGGAUGAGAACGGACAGUUCUGCAAAAACGAGUUCUUCCUGGCGUUUUCUCUGGGUCCGAGGGUGUGUCUCGGCGAGUCCCUUGCGAGGACGGAGCUCUUCAUCUUCUUCACGUCUCUCCUGCAGAGGCUGCGGUUCUCCUGGCCACAUGACGCUCCGCCCAUCAACAUGGACGGCAAUAUGGGCGUGGUCAGGAUGCCCCCCACCUUCCACAUGAUCUGCCGUAGCAGAGAGUGUUCAGUACCCUUAACACCGUGAUGUUCUGUUCCAUCACAGCAGAUAAUAAACACUCAGAAGUUAAAGAGCUUUUACUAAAAGUUUAUACAAUUUAAUAUUAAAUAUCUCACUUGGAGACUGUGGGUUUUUGUAGCUGAGCUAAUUCAUACAUGAAGAAAGUUUAUAAAAGUUUAUAAAAAAAAAACUGUACAUAAGCUCCGUCAUUGUAUAUUAGUGUUUUAAUAAAUACACAAUUUAAUCUGAA